AUGGAUGGAACAAAAGCUGCAACAACUACACCAAUAGCAGCAGCCACGACAUCAUCAUCGUCGUCAUCUUCAAGUCAUGCAUCAUCAUCACCAUUGAUAACACCAUUCAUGUUGAUGCAUAAUGCAUAUAUGGAUGAAUGGUUGACUAUAUCAUUCUUACCAUACAUCAAGCCAACGUUCAACACUGACAAUCACUACUAUGACAUUGGCAAGUUGAAUCUGAAAAAGGUCAACUUUCACCUGCUACCCAUCAACGAGUCGAUCAUGGCAAUGGACAGACAAUACCAACACGUGCGCAAUGCAUUCGAUCGUAUUCUGCAAGACACCGAGUCAGAGCGAUCCUUACAGAUCGAGACCUAUGUCUCUUCGUUUGCAACGUUUAUAGAGUCUGAAAAGAUGCUCAUCGAACAGGCUAUCACUGACAUUGGUGGUAUUCCCCCCUGUCUUGGUGGUACUGCCAACUCUACAUUAUUAUCUUCUUCCCCUUCAUCAUCAUCCUCAUCCUCUUCAUCAUCUUCCUCUUCAUCUUCACCAACAUCGACCAUGUCAGCGUCAUAUAUUACAUCAAUACAACAACAACAGGGAGCUGGAAAGUUUAUGGCGUCUGCAAGGUCACGUGUCACUGGUAACAUGCAUUACCUCAAUUACUCGGGACCGAUCACAUUGCUGUGGACCGAGUUUAUGUCGUUGUUGUCCAAGUUGGCCGACCCCUCUGAACGCGAGUUCUACUAUGAGAGCACCAUCACCAACAUUGCACCAUCCAUCUUUGAAUGGCGUAUCAUGUUAUUCAACUCUCAGAAAAUCAUCAACGACGACAAACAAUCUCGAAAGAAUCCAUUUGUCAGUUCAUCCUAUUACGAUCAUUACUCUUCUUCAUUUAUUACAAAUCAACCCAAUACUACAUCCUCAAAUACAAGUGUUGGAGUUGGUAUAAACAAUACAUCACCAAGAAAUUCAUCAUCUUCUUUGAUUUCUGAUAUCUCUGAUUUGGCAAUCAACGAAGAUUAUAAUCAAAUUCAAAAUCAAAAUCAAAAUCAAUUGGAUCAACAACAUCAACAAACAGGAUCACAUAUGUCUGAACAUAUUCCACCUCCUAAACCACUUCCUAUUCCACCUCCUAAACCAUCUCAACAACAACAAUCAAUACAAAACCAACCGAUGAACAACUCUCCCUCACCUACUACUACACAUACAUCUAUUCUUUUACAACAGUCUCAUAUGCCACCUCCAAAACCAUUACCUCAAACACCAGGUAAAGAUGGAGGAGGUGGAUGGCACAAGGCAGUGGUGUCGGCCAAACCAGCACCAACACAACCACCCAUUUCCCUCACCUCUCAUGUAAAUAAUCAACACCACCAACUACAAAUCACAACACCAAACAACAGCAAUGUAUCGAAUAGUUUGAACAACUCUACUUCUUCUAUCAAUACUUCUUCUACUUCCAUUAUUAUAGAUGAUCCAUCAUUAUUAAAGGGUAUUCCAAAUGGAGGAAUAUUAAAACAAGGAUGGAUGAAGAAACGUGGCAACAAAGUUAAACGAUGGAAAAAGAGAUACUUUAUAUUGGACGUUAAACGAAACUUGUUAUACUAUCAAUACAAAAAAGAUAAAGAUAGUAGUAGAGACAGUAAAGAAAUUGAUGAUCUAGUUAUAUCAAGUCCAAAUACUGGUAUCAUAAAUCUACAUAAUAAUAAUACAGAUGAUGAAAAUAAUCAUAAUAAUCAUAAUAAUAAUCAUAAUAAUCAAAAUAGUCAUACCAACAAGAUUGAAGAUGAUUUAUACAAUAAUAAUAAUAUACAGUCAUUACAAAAUCUAAGAUUUAAAGGAUCGAUUGAAUUACAUACAGCCAUUGCAGUGGCCAUUAAACCAAAUACAUGUAAUAUUAAUGUCAAUCUCGAUGAUGCAAACCUAGAGAAAUUGGCAACUGCAAAGGAUGAUUCAAGUAGUUACUUUGGUAUAGACAUUAUUACACCAAAGAGAAAUUGGCAUCUAUGUUGUCAAAAUUCAAAAGUUACCGAUGAUUGGUUAUUAGCAUUAAAAGGUCAUAGAUAG